CCAGCGUAAACCCAGCCGGCCAAAAUAGGAAGGGCUCAACCUAUCGGCAUCGCCGGGUGACGGUGGACACUGCGGCGGAGAUGGCGGAGGCUGCCCGGCGUUGCCAGUUCUGGCUCCCCAGAAAGAAGAGAUCUUGCGCCAACCUGCCUCUUCCCAACUCCUCGUUCUGCGGCAAUCACAGUCAGAGGUCCGAUGUCCAGUGGAUCCCAUGUCCGAUUGACUCCUCCCAUUCUGUGCUGCAAGAGAACCUGGAGGGUCAUAUUAAGAGAUGCCCAUUGCUUAAACAAGCUCAGUUCUUGUCCCUUCAACCUUUUUACCAGAAGGGUAUUAAUGCCGGGUACGAUGAUGAUGAAGGAGUUCCACCCGGUUCGGCGGACGCCACAAUUACCUUGAGUAACCUGUCGGGUCCUUGUUCGGAGAAUGUUAGUUCUGAGAUGAAAAGGAAUGCUGUGUAUAGCCUGAGUUUGCCUCAGUUUUAUGGUCUGAUUGGUAAGAUCAAGUCCCUGCACGAGUCUAUAUGUAAGGACAUUGGGGAAUCCUACAAGAUACCCGAGGCCUGUGAUAAGUGGAUCAAGAGGGAAGUGGACAGGAAGUUGCCAUUUCAAGAGAAACAUGUUGUGCAGCAGGCGUCGAUACUGGGGAACUUGGAAGAGCUUGGGCUCUUGAAGAGAUCUUCGGACAAGGAUGAGAAUGAGGUUCCUGCUGUGGUUGAGUUUGGGGCAGGGAGAGGGUAUUUGACACAAUUGUUGGCCGAUUGUUACGGGAUUAAAAGAGUCUUCUUGGUUGAGAGGAAGUCGUACAAGCUCAAGGCCGAUCGGUCGUUGCGACAGACAGAUAGCCUGGUUUUGGAGCGAUUGAGGAUCGACAUUGAAGAUUUAAACUUGAAGGCUGUCGAGUCUCUGCAAGGCUUACCUUUCAUGGCUAUUGGGAAACAUCUCUGUGGGCCCGCAACAGAUCUGACCUUGCGGUGUUGCCUAGGAGAAGACAUUGUUCAUAAUGAUGCUCGAAACUGCAGUAUCCGAGGCCUAGCUAUUGCAACUUGUUGCCACCAUCUUUGCCAAUGGAAACAUUACAUAAACAAGAAGUACCUAAGAAAGCUGGGAAUCGCGAGAGAGGAAUUCCAUGCGAUAACCUGGUUCACGAGCUGGGCAGUCGAUGCCGAUCACAGUUCUGAUCUUCCUGAGAUCAACAAUUCAAGAGCACCAUUGCCUUCAAUAGAGAAGGAAGAAUGUGGAAAGGAAGUAACUCAAGUCGAAGAUGCGGUGAGGUGCAUGAAAGCAGCGGAGAGAGCUGUUUUGGGGUUCAUGUGCAAGCAGAUAAUUGAUGUUGGGAGGCUCAUGUGGCUCAAGGAACUCGGGCUUGAUGGCCGCCUCAUCAAGUACGUGCCGCCUAAUAUAUCCCCUGAAAAUAAUCUAUUAAUUGCCCAAAAGUGAAAUCACUUGUGCUUUCCUUUUUUUUUUUUUCCCGGUUAAUCUAAUUUUGCAUCCAUUUGUAGCGUAGUUAUGUUUCUUCAGUGAUAACAUUCAAAUAUUGGUAGUUCGGAUACAAUAGGAUCUCUUGAUAAAGGAUACCUUGUGAUGAUACUGCACAAGAGUUCGCGAUUGAAAUGAGUUAAGCUGAGCCAUUGCCACAGUAAGACCGGGUCGAUUAGGUAUAAACAGAAUCUAUCAGUCUGAAUAGGAGUCAUAUUUAAGUUGCUUCUCGAAUUCAAUAUCAGCCAUAUGUUCAUCAUGCCAAGUUUUCAACCAAUUUACCAGUGCUACUGAUGUAUUCAUGCGUAGGAUCAAAGUAUUCGGAUACCACAUCCUAUGACAAAGAAACUUCAUUAUUUUUCAGUUCCCUUUUCUUUGCUAUACCAUCGGCUGAGAUCGGAUUCUUGACAAUUGCUCUUAAUACUAUUGAAAAAUCCGAGAAAAACUUCGCAGUGGA